GCGGUCCACCGAGCAUCGCGCCCAGGCCACCCGGGACGGCGCGGGCGCCUCCACAAAGCGCCCGUCGCGUUCAUACGCUUGCGCCUCCCGCGACCCCCUCGGCGUUGGUGCCCAUCAAUACCCUCUUCCCUCCUCCUCCGCUAGUUCAUCUCGUCUCCCACCCCUGCUCCUCCUCUGCCCUGAUCACUUCAGCGAGGCCAGCUUGCCCGCGCACGCGUCCCGGCCCGGGAGAGAUGAAGCCUCUGUACCUGCGGAGCAGCGGCAGCCUCAAGAAGCUGCUCCUCUCCAUCGGCUACCGAUCAGCCGCCAAGCCGACCGCCCCCGACGCCGACGCCAAAGAAGCCGCGCCGGCGCCGGAGCCGGUGUCUCCCCAGAAGCCCGCGUGGCGGUGCUUCUCCUACGACGAGAUCCACCGCGCCACCAACGCCUUCCACAAAGGUAACCUGGUGGGGCGGGGCGGGUCGUCGGAGGUGUACCGCGGUGAGCUGCCCGACGGGCGGGCGGUGGCGGUGAAGCGCCUGAUGGGGGCGUCGGCGUGCGAGCGGCGGGAGCGGGACUUCUUGGCGGAGCUGGGCACGGUGGGACACGCGCGGCACCACAACGUGUGCGGCCUCCUCGGCUGCUGCAUCGACUGCGGCCUCUACCUCGUCUUCGAGUUCUUCAACCGCGGCUCCGUCUCCGCCAACCUCCACGACGAGGCGUCGCCAGCGAUGGGGUGGGCGGCGCGGCACGGCAUUGCGGUGGGCACGGCGAGGGGGUUGGAGUACCUGCACAAGGGGUGCCAGCGGAGGAUCAUUCACCGGGACAUCAAGUCAUCCAACGUGCUGCUCACCGAGGACUUCCAGCCACAGAUUUCUGAUUUCGGUCUCGCCAAGUGGCUGCCGUCGGAGUGGACACACCGGGCAAUUACGCCGAUCGAAGGCACGUUUGGGUGCCUGGCGCCGGAGUACUACACGCACGGCAUCGUCGACGAGAAGACGGACGUGUUCGCGUUCGGCGUCUUCCUGCUGGAGCUCACGACCGGCCGGAAGCCGGUGGACGGCAGCCACCGGAGCCUCCUCAGCUGGGCCCGGCCGCUGCUGACCGACGGCAAGAUCGACACGCUGGUGGAUCCAAGAAUUGGCAACGACUACGACGCCGAACAGGCGAGGCGGGUCGCGUUCGUGGCGUCGCUAUGCAUCCGCGCGUCGGCGGCGUGGAGGCCGUCCAUGACCGAGGUGUUGGAGCUGUUGGAAGGCGCCGAGAUCCGGCAAGACCGGUGGACGAUGCCCACGGCGGCCGACGACGGGGAGGAUCCCUGGUUAUUCGACGACUUCAACUACGAUGACGAUGAAGAUGAGGGGUUCAACACCCCAUCUCCCUUUUCCUCUUCAACAACCACGAGCAAUUAGCAUACUUCAGAACCUAAAAGAAUUCAGAUGCCUGUGAUGUGAAUUUUUGCCGGUUGCUCUACGAGCAGGACCCCCUUGUAAAUAGAAGGUUAUCUUCAAUCGCUCUAGGAAAAGCAAGUUAUUACCAUACCAGCCCCCCAUUCUUAGAAAAAAAAGAAAAAGAAAACUAUACCAGUCCCCAUUGAUCAUGACAUCAAAGAACGGAAUGUACUUGCCUGCGCAUAAUACGGGCGAAUGUGUGAACAUAAUAAUGUAUUAGUUCAGAGGCGAAAUAGCAGCAAGCGAGCUAAGAUUUUGUCGGCCACGGGCUGACUCGACAGGUUUGGACGAGUUUGUGCCACUUGGCUGCUUGCAGCAUCAGUUGGGUUGCCGUAGGAUGAAGGUGACCAAGCGUGACACUAGUUUAGUGAGCAGUUGGAGGUGUGCACCGGGUGGUUAGUUGCCAAGUGGGCUCGAUUUGGUUGUGUCAGUUAGCGAAGGGCAAGGGCAGUGCCUGCCGUGGCGUGGUGGCAGU